GCUCCCAGAUAUCCAGAGCCGGUGGCAGGUCAACAAAGGGGAGAAAGCUUAGAGAGCAAGGUUUGGAUAUAUUUCACUGCUAAAAGACCUUGCUCUGCUCUUCACCAUUGCUCGCCCAAGAACCCCCUGGAGACGAUGAAGAUCACUGUAAUGACCGCCGACGAACAGAUCAUCUCCUUGGACGUUGAUCGCGAUGAAUCCGUUGAGAAUGUGAAAGCUCUGCUCGAGGUGGAGACGCGUGUGCCACUGCAGCAACAGCAGUUGCUGUUUAAUGGCCAGGAGAUGAGGAAUAAUGAGAAAUUGAGUGCGCUUGGUGUUAAAGACGAAGAUUUGGUGAUGAUGGUCUCAAAUGCUGCUCCAAGUUCAUCUACCAAUGCUUUAAGCCUCAAUCCUGAUGGGUCUGCUGUUAACCCUGAAGCUCUACAGCAACAUUUUAGACGUGAGUCCAACACGAUGGCACAACUUUUUCAGACUGAUCCUGAAUUUGCACAAGCUCUUCUUGGAAAUGAUCUCAAUAAGCUGCAGGAGAUCUUGCGGCAACGUCAUCGCCAAAGAUCUGAAAUUCAACGUCAACGAGAUGAGGAGCUAGCUCUGCUUUAUGCGGAUCCUUUUGAUGUGGAGGCACAGAAGAAAAUUGAAGCUGCCAUUCAACAGAAAGGAAUUGAUGAGAACUGGGCAGCUGCAUUGGAAUAUAACCCUGAAGCUUUUGCAAGGGUGGUCAUGCUGUAUGUUGACAUGGAAGUCAAUGGAGUCCCUUUGAAGGCAUUUGUUGAUAGUGGAGCUCAGUCGACAAUAAUAUCUAAAAGCUGUGCUGAGCGUUGUGGACUGUUGAGGCUUUUAGAUCGACGUUAUAGAGGCAUUGCUCAUGGAGUUGGUCAAUCAGAGAUACUGGGCCGAAUACAUGUAGCUCCAAUCAAGAUUGGGAAUAUAUUUUAUCCUUGUUCCUUUAUGGUACUGGAUUCUCCAAAUAUGGAAUUCCUUUUUGGGCUAGAUAUGCUUCGUAAACACCAGUGUAUAAUUGAUUUAAAGGACAAUGUCUUAAGAGUUGGUGGAGGGGAGGUUUCAGUGCCAUUUUUGCAAGAAAAGGAUAUUCCAUCUCAUUUUCUGGAUGAAGAGAGGUAUUCCAAGCAAGCUUCAAGCUCAGGGGGCCCAGCUGCAUUAGGCGCUAAAGACAAGAAUGAUAAUCCAUCGGCUGGAGUUCAAUCUGUUGGAAGCGGAGGUGGUGGUGCGUUGGCACAGGGGACGGAAUUUGAAGCCAAGGUGACGAAGCUUGUUGAGUUGGGAUUUGAAAGAGGAGCGGUGAUACAAGCACUCAGACUUUUUAAUGGAAACGAAGAGCAGGCAGCUGGGUUUCUUUUCGGGGGUUGAAUAUGAUUUAUUCAACACCCAAUAAUUUCAAUAUAUUUGAACAUUUCAUUAAUUUGGGGAAUAUUAUUUGGUUUUAGUAAUUUAACCAAAUAUUUUACAAAUUGAAAAUUAAUUUUACAUGACAAUAUUUUGUUAAAUUAUAUCCGUGUUGGCAUGAAAUGACUUCUAAUUUUUAUUUAAUUCUUUGUUUAUUUCAGAA